AUGGCUGAUAGCAAAGAGAUUUCCUCAUGGACUCCAGAGUUCAUCCAAGAGCUUCUUCCGGCUGCGGAGCGAACGGCUCUUCUCUAUCAUCUCUCUUACCUAUGUCUGGGUGGUUUCCCAAACCUGGAGUCUCUGAUCAGAGAAAGAGCUCUUGAAACACAGCUGCUGUUUAAGUCCUCUGUGGUGGUUCUGCUGGAGUGUGCUAUUACGAGUUCCACCCUGGUUUUCUCCCUGUUCCCGUCGCUGUUGACGGCUGUUGAACACAAUAAUCCCUCUCUGGCUGUGAAGUACCUGGAUGAAAUCAGAGCAAAGAUUGAUGACAUCAUUAAAGCUGUGGAAGACAUUGUGAAGAGGUAUGAUGACCAUAACCAAAGUGUAGCGUCAUGCACCAGUGAUGUGAUUCAAGAAAAGAUGGAGAAAGAAAAACAACUAACUCAAACAACAGAGGAAAUUAAGAGUCUGGAGGAGGCUGUGGCCAAACUUGAGGAGGAGCUGAGACAAAGGGCUGAACAAAUAGACAAAAAACAGACAACAAUUGAAGAAAAGAACAGUGAGCUGCAGAAUCUCAUCACAGCUCUUUCUGUCGAAAACAUUGGCUUUGGUAUCCUGGCUUUCUUUUUUCCAUUUAUUGGAGUUCUUGCCAAAGUAAUUUACGAUACUGCUAAAUCUCAAGAACUCCGUGCCGAACUGUCCCGUCUCACGUCUGAAAAGAGCAGUAUGCAAAAACAAGAGUCCUCAACCCAAGUCAAACUAAUUGAUUUUCAGAUGCAGCUGGCCAAUUGCAAAAUACAACUGGGCAUGAUUCCCAGUCCCGUCCACCUUGCAGAAGUCCAGAAGUGUCUUUCCCAAAUCCAACAAAUUCUGGUUCGGCUUCAGAAGUUCUGGGAGAAAGUGGGAUCUCUGAUAGAUACGCUGAAGAAGAACACCUUUGCUAGUGAGGAACUCAUUGAGCACCUGAGUGAUAUGAAGCAGGAGUUUGUGACCUCUAUUGUAGAAGCAGAAAAGUGCUGGCAGAGAUUUGGUGAUUGCUGUCGGAGAGCACAGGUCAUCUUCAGUGUUCAGUCUGAAGAUGCAUACAAGUUCCUGGAGAUGAAUCCAUCCUCACUUUCGAAGGAUGAAUGGGACGAGCAGCACAAGUCUAUCAUAGAGAAGCUGAAUCAGAUCAGCCCUCAGGAGAUGCCUAUGAUCUGAGUGAAAAACAGAAAACUGAUGCUUCCUUCACACUUAAUGAUAUACAAUGCUUACAUAUUCUCUCUUAAUACUUUAUAAUGUAACUGAACUUUUACAACAGCAGAAAAAAUAUUCUGAAAGAUCUAAGGAUCCUGCUUUAAGACAGCGUCCAUACAUUUAUGUUGUGUUUGAUUGUCUUUCUAUUCAUUUAUUCCUUAAACAUUUAAUCAUAUUAUCAUUUAUAGUAACCAUUUAAAUGUUCAUUUAAUUGAUUAAUUCAUUGAUUAGUCAUUUAUAUUCCUUUUUUUGUAGCCUAUUGCAGUUUAGUCUUAUAAUUGGGUGGUUUCAAGGGAUUUUUUGUCUCCAUGAAUAAGAGAUAAGAGAAUGUCUUUGUUGUUGUGAAACAGUAGCUUACCAUUGCUAUAACAUACUUGUUGGAUUUGUGCUGGUUUGAGUGUUUAAACAUAUGCAAAUGAGAUUAUUC